UUUUUAUGGUCGCAUUGAUGUUCCUUAGAAUGGAGCCGAGUCCAAAACUUCUAGCUGGACUUAUUCUGCUGACUCUCUGUGUGGUGGGCUGCUCCAGCCAGCACUGGUCCUAUGGGUUGCGCCCCGGAGGAAAGAGAAAUGCUGAAAACGUGCUUGAUUCUUUCCAAGAGAUAGCCAAAGAGGUUGAUCAACCAGCAGGACCUCAGCGCUUUGAGUGCACCGUACACCAGCGCCAUUCUCCACUCAGGGACCUGAAAGGAGCUCUGGUGAGUUACAGGGUUAAUAACAUGCAUGGGCCCUGGGCACCACCACUUUGGUCAUCCACUUAGGACAACCAUCUCUAGCUCCUGCAGGGCUUACCUUCCUGACUGCCUGAAUUCCUCCUGUAUUGGGCCCUUGCCAUUCCAUAACACCCCUUUUCAGUGGUUAGACAGUAAUAAUGAUUGGAACACUUUUUCUUUUUUUCUUAAAUUGAAAUCUCUUUGGGACCCUUAUCUAUUAAUCUCAGCUCUAGCCUAUGGGAUGACUGACAAAACAAGUUUCUUCCCACUGCUACAUGUCAAUUCUUCAAGUAUGUUCAUCAAACUCUCUAGACUAUUCUUCUCUAGACUAAUCCACACCUCUCCACUGGAUCCUUCAGCAGUUCUUGGUAUAACACGGUUCUCCCUGGGAAAUGUAGAAAUCAAAAAUGGUGCUCUAAUUAAUUUUCUUUCCCUUUGGAAUAAAAACUCCCAAACUAGUAAAUUUAUAAUUCAGAGCCAGAUUUGACUUCCAGUUUUCUGACUGGACAAUACUAAUUUUCCAAAUUCCCACCCAAGAUGGAACUCUACUAACCCAAUGUAGGUUUUUGAUUUAAGAAAAUGUAUAAAGAGAACUGAAUAUAGAAAUUGAAACCUGAAUUCAAUUCUGAUGUUCUCUGAGCUCCAUGGUCCACUUAUUUACAGCAGUUAGAAGGCAUUACAGUUAAUUUUCAGCUAUGCCCAGGAGCAGAAAAAGCCUGAAUACGUCAUAUAUGAAGAUGAACAAUAGUUUUUAUUUUCUCCAUUGACUUCAAUUUCUACACCCAUAGGACAGAGAAAAAGUGGACAGACAUAUUUAUUUCCUUUCUUUUUCUAAUCCUGUUUACCUCACGAUAAAACUAAUAGCAAGCAAUGAAAUUAUCCAAACAUGACAUUAGAAAGACAGAAUUGAGGCAAAGACUGGAUUCAUAACAGAUGGAUGGGGACUUCCCUGGUGGUCCAGUGGUAAAGAAUCUGACUUCCAAUGCAGGGGACGUGGGUUCAAUCCCUGGUUGGGGAACUAAGAUCCCACA